AUGAUCACAAUACCUUCCCACGCGGCGCCUAUUUCUGCUAACGGGGACUUUGGGAAGGCAACCAAAGACCCAGCACCUGUCAUCUGCAACAGCUGCAAUGGAGCUAUUCAAGGCAGAAUAGUAACGGCCUUGAACAAAAAGUGGCACCCUGAGCACUUCACGUGCGGAUCGUGCCGGCAACCCAUCGAAGGCGCCAAGUUCCACCAGCACGACGGCGGAGUGCGCUGCGUGCCUUGCUACACCCGCCACCACAGCCCACGCUGCCACGCCUGCGGGGAUCCUAUCACUGACCGCGUGAUUCAAGCACUGGGCGUAUCCUGGCACGCGCACCACUUUGUCUGCGGUGGCUGCAGGAAGGAGUUGGGUGGAGGAGGUUUUAUGGAACAGGCCGGGCGCGCAUACUGCUCGUCGUGCUACGCGGACAAGUUCGCGGCCCGCUGCGCAGGCUGCACUCAGCCCAUCGUUGACAAGGCAAUUGUGGCGCUCGACGCUAAAUGGCACCGUGACUGCUUUACGUGCAACAAAUGCCGAAACCCAGUGACCGACUCCACAUUCUCCGUCAUGGACAACAAGCCACUCUGCGGGAAGUGCGCCUAA